AGCUAGCUGAAGAAAAGUUACGUAGUGCUGAACUAAAGGAAGUAAAGCAGCAGAAACAUGACGUGAGAAGGUCUGUGUGAUGCCGGAUAAUCAGGAUCAGGAGCCCAUCAUCCAGGAUGACGCAACAAUCUUCCCGUUUGAGACCACUGGAGAUCCCCAACAAAAGCUAACAAUCGAUGAGCUGUAUGACCAUGCCGGGUUCAAACUGCUGAGUUUCAACACUACCGCAGCAGCGGGUGUGGGUUUGUUCAUGUUCGGGACUCUGAUCAUGUAUGUUCAGUUGAUUUGUCAGUACAUGCUGUGCAAGGAAGAGAUGACAGAAGUGGAGGUGGUGGCUGUUAAAAUCAUUGUUAUCCUUGGAUUGAUAAUGGGUUUGCCAUUGAGUGGAGUGAUUUCUGACAAGAUCGGUAGAACCAAAGCAGCACUAGCAGGAGCCUAUGUAGUGUUUAUAUGCUGGCUUCUCAGUGCUAUCAGUGUCACACUUCUGUUUGCAACAAUGCUUUGUGUCGGAGGCGGAUUUGCUUUCCUUCUCCCCUCCUCGAUUAUAUUUGCUUUUGAAAACUCAUCUCUGCACCAGCAUACUAGAGUUGCUCUAAUAGUGUUUGGGGAGUACAUUCUCGGACAAGUGUACUGUCUUGUGCUGUUCAGUACACUGAUAGAGCUCAUCGGAUGGCAUCUGGUUACUGUUAUACUUGUUUUUCCUGUCAUCCUCUUGCUUACUUUCUUCCAUAUGACAAGUGGUUCCCCAAGGUUUUUAUCGAUAUCAGGGAGACAUUCCACAGCCUACGAGCAUCUCUUGAUGUUGCACAAAAAGAACAGUGUUCCCAUGAUGCAGGGCAGGCUCAAAAGCCAGGAAAUUGAAGGGCGAGGAAAGUGCUGUGGACCUUGUAACAUGCUGAACUUACGAACCACAAUCCUGCUCUUCGUUCUCUUCUUUGCCCUUUCAUUUUGCUACUAUAGCACAUCUUAUGGAGUGUUCAGGUCACUGGUAGAAUACGGUAUCUGCGAAAGCGAUAAAAUUAUUGAAGUUCUAACUUGUGAAAAUAUUGAUGGAAAAUCCUACCUUGUCACCUCCCUUUUGGCUUUAGUGCCAGAUCUGUUAGGACUUUUAUUUGCCCUGUUCAUAAGUGAAGCAGCUGGUAAGAAAGUGAGCAUGUCAAUUCUAGCAGCUGUAGCUGGUGCAGCUGUAUUGGCUAAUUCUGUCUGCAUCCAACCAGCAGCACUUACACUUAUUGAGCUGGGACUUGUAAGAGGGUUUACUUUUGGUGCGCUUGUCAUUGUCAUAAUAUAUGCCUUAGAAGUGUACACCACAGACAAGCGUUGCACAUCUUUCGCUUACCUUUUGAUUUUUUAUUCACUAGGAAUGUUAAUCGCUGGAACUUUUACCUUUGAGUUAAGACAAUCUGCCUCUCUUAUAUUCAUUGUGUUAGGGGUCGUUCUUUUUCUUUCAUUGAUACCAAUAUUGUUUUUGGACAGUGUAGGAAAGAGAGAUGUAGAUGAAAACUUGGAUGAACAGCAGUCAUUGACAACUAGCUAGAUAGUAGCUCACAUGUUUAACUCAUAUCAAACAAUGACAAACAAAAAACUUGCUGAUUGUAAUUUCUUAUUGUAAUUUCUUAUUGAUCUAUUUAAGAAAAACAUUGUUAAAAUUUGCAGUGGUACAACACUUUCUUUACAAAGAAUUUUAUAGUAUGAUAUUUUGCUGAAUUGGAUUUAGUAGAAGGUUUCUGAAUUUAACUUAAAUUUUACAGCUCAUUUCAAAAUAUGAUAUGAUGAUUACCAUUCCCAAUUAUUGUACAUGUAUUUGAAAAAUUUCUGCAUUCU